AUGGGGUUUCCAUCACACCUACCACCGCAGUACACAUAUGGCUACGAAAAAGUCAUAGACGAUGCGAUCGAGCUACAGGACUUAAAUCAGCCAAACCGUGACGUUAGAGACGAAGAAAGACGAAUUCAGUUUCAACUUCAUAUCGAUAAUCUUCUUGAAGAACAACGAAUCCGCACGGAACAACGGCGUUUUGAAACAGCCCUCGCCCGGCGUCAACGGAGAGUUAAAAGAGGAACUUUGUUUAGGCAGACUGUUACCGAGUGGGGAUUAGGGGCAUUGAUAGGUUUCGGUAUUUUUUGUGCUAUCCUUGUGGCUGGGGGAUUUACAUGGAAAUAUCUCAGCUCUAAGUCAGAAACACAGGUUUCAGUUUCAGUUCCGCUUACAGAAGCUCCGCCGCUUGUCGAAACUCGCGCCGUCGAAGCUCGCGUCGCCUCCCUCGACUCCUUCACAAGCUCUCUGCCACUAGAUUGUCCACCGUGCCCAGAAACACCCGACUUAUAA